AUGUUCAACAAGGACAAUAAAAAGGAGAUUAGCGCUAUUGAGGAUCUUUUGAAAGCAAAGAUAUACGUAAACCCAAAACGUUUUGAGGAGUUAAACAAACUAAAAGGGGACAUCUGGAGCCAAAACGUAAAUGUGGCCGGGGAUCCAUGCACGCUGCUCUGCUUCAACGUCAGUCCCGAAGUGGAGGAGCAACUCCACGACCUGGGGCUGUACAGACUCCAGGUGGAGCGUAUUUCCGAGGACCCCGCGGAUCCAUCCCACAAGGAGGACCGUAAGAGGUUUCUGAAGGUGUUCGGCGGCAAGCGACUGGAGAAGGCCCGCGUGGUGGCCAUUGUGCAUGAGCUAAGGGGCGAGGACGAGGAGCUGACGCUGCUGGACCGGCGCAUCAUCGCCUUGUCGCUGCUCAACAAGCUCCCCGUGGUAGUGCUGGCCACCCAGUACUCGAAUGCGUUGCCAGCCGCCAAAGCCGCCACAGGGGACACCUGGCCUGUGUUCUUCGUGCCACACCCGCGGGAGCACAUGGGACCGGUUCGCGAGGUGACGUGGUUAUCGACAGAGCUACCUCGGGUGCGAGCUCUGUCAGCGUCCAUUGAGUCGGACCUCCAUGACCGGGUGGCUCAUCUGAGCAGGGUCAAUGCACCGCUGCACUUCCUGACACGGGCUUCCGUGGCGCUUGUGCCAUUCGGGGUCAUGACGGUCAACUUCUUAGGCAUCCUGCGGCUGAUGGCUAAUAUGCUCCAGUGUGUGGGCAUGCGAGGAGACACGUCCGCCAACAAGUCGCUAGGACUUCUGGGGGCAAAGAAUGCGGCGCUGGUCAGCGCGGUGGACUCCCUGGGCGACGUCUACUCCUUCGCGGUGUUCACCACCGUGUUGGCGGACCUGCAGGGUCUGGGCCUGGUGGAGGCUGCGGCUGCCAUGGACGUGUUGGAUGGUCUCAUGCUUGGCUCCAUCAGCGUCGUCACGGGCGCCGUGUCCGCACUGGGUGCAUACCUGUCGCGGCCGCUGGUUGUCCGGGCAGCGGCGGAGUUCCUGGCCAGCCUGCAGACCAUAUACGUGCUCAACCCCUCCAUGCGGCGAGAGCGCGAGCGCCGGCCGCGUGCCAGCAAAGGCACGAAGAAGAAGGAGAAGGUGGGCAAAGAAGGGUGCAAGGGUGAGGAACUGCGGGAGUUCCUACGGCGAAGCGGCAGGAACGCGCGGUUACAUGGCGGGACGGCGGCCGCGCAGGCGGCGGCGACGCUGGCGGUGGCAGCGGCGACGGACGAUGAACCGCAAGAGGAGGGCAGGAGAGCGGUUGGGCCAGAGGCGGCGGUGCUGCAUGGGAGUGACAGUGAUUCUUCAGGGUCAGCCUCGGGCGACGGCACGGAUGGGGAGGGGGACGGCAGCGAGGAGGACGAGGGGACAGACGGUGAGGUGCAGGAAGCGGUUGCUGCACAGGCAUCAGUAAGGGACGGGAACAGGCAGGCCGCCAUCUCAGGCGCCGAAGCAGACGGGAGCUUUCCAGCUUCGUCGGCAUCGGCAGACGCGUCUCUUGAGAGUGGUGCAGGGCCGUCCUCCGGAGCAUUCAAGCCCUCGCGAGCAGAGAAAAAGCAGCUAGCGCUGGUCCAAAAGCAGGCGGCCCGGGAGGCUAAAGAGGCGCGGGCUGUCGCCAAAGCAGCUGCCAGGGCGGAGAAGAAGGCGGCCAAGAUGGCUGAGCGAGCGCGAAAGCGCCAGGCCAAACAGCAGCAAAAGGAACAAAAGGCAGAGGAGAAGGCGGCUGCGAAGCUGGCCAAGGGGGAGGGGAGGCCACAGCUGGUGUGUCAGGCUCGGGGACACCCAAGGCCCCUUGGUGGCGGCGGCGUACGGCGGUCGCAACAGCAACGGAUGCAAAGGAGCGGGGGAGCAGUAUACCAGGUGCCCUUGAGGAUGCUGGCGCAAUGGCUGUAG